AUGCUCACCAUCGCAACCACUACGAUACACGCUGUCACAACCACAACAAUACACACCGUCGCAACCACUACGAUAUACACCGUCGCAACCCCUACAAUACACAAACAGUCGCAACCACUACGAUAUACACCGUCGCAACCCCUACAAUACACACACCGUCGCAACCACUACGAUACACACUAUCACAACCACUGCGAUACACACCGUCGCAUCCACUAUGAUACACAAAGUCGCAACCACUACGAUACACGCUGUCAGAACCACAACGAUAUACACCGUCGCAACCACUACAAUAUACACAGUCACAACCACUACGAUACACGCCGUAGCAACCGCUACGAUGCACACCGUCGCAACCACCACGAUGCUCAACAUCGCAACCACUACGAUACACACUGUCACAACCACAACAAUACUCACCGUCGCAACCACUACGAUACACACCGUCAGAACAACUACGAUACACACCCUUCAAACCACUACGAUACAAAUUGUCGCAACCACUACGAAACACACCGUCGCAACCGCUACGAUAAACACCGUCGCAACCACUACGAUACACACCGUCGCAAUCACUAA